AUGGCCCACAUCUCCACUCCUGCUGAUUCUCCGUCCAAUGCCGUGGCACACGACGACGCGGCUCCUUCUCCUACCCCCCCAUCCUCCCCACCCCUAUCUCCUUUGGAACCAGCCGAGACUGCCCAUGGAGAAAGGCUGCGCCGGAGUCUACUUGUUCACAGUAUCGUGGAUACUAUCUUGCGUUUGCAGGAUCGAGUCAAACGCUUGGACACUCCUUCCUCGGAUACCUCUAUCUUCACUAGCGCAGAAUUCAGGCACAGAGCGGAAGAGAUGACGCGCCUCGGAAAGGACGACCAUUCAGAACCUGAACUUUCCUCGGACCUAGACAUCAUUUACAGCAUCUCACAUCUCUUACACCUUGCGAACGAUCUCGAUGGAAUCGAGGAAAGCAUUCAGCAGCAACAGCACGCGACAAGCAGCUCUUCAUUGAGGCAGAAAGUGAUGACGGGCGCAAACUCUCGAAUGCACCUCAAGAUGGCCAAAGAGGCCAGAGAGGGUAUGCGACACGCAUUCGAUGAGUAUGAUAGUAGGGUGCUAGCCGAGCAACGGGACGAGAGGGAUAGUCAUGUCGCAACGCAGGUCGCAGAGCUGUACCGAGUCAUUGUGACAGACCAGGGACUUCAAUACUCCUCCGACGACAUCCGUCUCCCCAAACCAUGGUCCCUGAACAAGAGCACUUUUGCACCUCCCGAAGAAGAGAGGCGGAAGAUGUCGCCAGAUGAGCUGCUUCUUCAGGCAGACAAGCUGGAUGACGAGGCGAAGACGACGUUGACCAAAGAAAGGGUCUUGAAAGAAAAGAUUGAGAGAAGGCGAUCGUUCUUGAACAAGCAGUUCAUGGAAGCUGAUGCAUUGGCCAAACUGAUGAGAGAGGAAGCUGAGAAGAAGAAGGUGGUGAAGACGGGGUGGCUCAUGUGGUAG